CGGCCUCGGCGCAGGGGCGGCCGCGAGCGCCCCGCCGGGGCCGCGGAGCGGGCCUGGGUUUGAGUCCCUCCGCCCCGCGGGCCCGCUUGGCCGCCCUCUCCCUGCUCUCCCCGGAGGCCAACGGGACGACUGCCGCCCUUCUCAGCGCGUGGGCCUGCCGCCGCUGGGAGCGGCCGGGGUGCGUUUGUCCGUGGGGAGAGCCGCGUCCCGCUGGAGGAGAUAACGGGGCGGGAGGGAAGCGCGGGCUGAGAGCGCCGUGUGCUCCACGAGCCGUCCUCAUCUGCGGCGCGGAGUGCGCCCUUCUGCGCGGGGCGUUCUCCUCAUCCUCUGGAAGCGCUCAGCGCUGGCAGCGUGUCCUUUGGCAAAGGGUUCGGUGGCUGUAAAUGAUGGAAAGAGUUGCUGCCUCUCGUUGGUUUGAAUCGAGCGCCUACAGACUUAAGCUGAUGCGUCCCAAAUCCUUGCAUUGGUUUGGUUUGGUUUUCCUAGCGGUGAAGUCUUGAUUGAGAUCACAAAUAAAAGAAAUUACUGUAACAGGAGUAUGGGAGGGGGAACCAAAGACAACUUACAACAUGGUGUGCAAUGCUUAGAGAGGGAAUAGGAAUAUGUAAAUGUGUUCAAAGUUAUUUAAAUGUGCAGUAUUACAAGUUUGCUGGAAAGCUGUGUGGGGGUUUUUUUUUUUUCCUCAGAAAAAAGUUGGAAGGCGCUGACAGUUGCAUGCAGCUAUGCUGUGUUUUCUUUCAGAUGCCCAUUCUGAAGCCCAGCCUUUCUUGGCUGUCUGUAAAAAGACAAGUCUUUUUUUUGUUUUGUUUUGUUUUCUUUUUCCGUAUACUUUGACCUGUAGUAGAAAAUACUAUUCCUUUCAUUUCUAAGUUUCAGGGUGAAGUGAUUUAUUUUAUUUUUAAUUUUAAUUAGUUUAGGGACUUAAGGAGCUUCAUUAGUGGAAGUAGUAGUAACAAACAGGUAUAUCAUUUACAUUUAUCAUUUACACUUAAGGACACCCAAGUGCAAAGCCCUACCUGCUGUAGGCUACCUGCUCUAGUGGGGGUUGGACUAAACAAUGUCCAGACAUCCCUUCCAACCACUAGUAUUCUGUGAUUCUGUAGGUACGUGUCAGUUUCCUUGGAUGCAGUCAGUGCUUUCUGAUUAGAGGUGGAUGACUCUGAUCGGUCUCUUACUGCGCAGUUAAAAUGUUCUUGUUUUACAAUGUAUGCAGAUGUUUCUGAGAGGAAAACUCAGAGAGUUUCUGAGAGUUAAACUGAGGGGCAGAUUUAAUUGGCUUUCUAUGCAAUUAAGGCUGCUGUAUCACAUAGGCAUCUAACUGUUAUUACUCAGUACUGCUGUUGAAAGAAACAACCCACCAAUAAGUGACGAUUUAUGUGGGUAGGUUGCCCCAGCCUGAUGUGCGCUGUGUGGCCUUACGCAUAAUUCCACAGGCCCAGGUGAACAGUGACAGGUAAGCAGGUUCACACUGGUGGAGCUCAGUUCUGCGGCAUGAGAGCAUAGCUUUGCUUUCCAUGGCUGCUUAGUCUGUAUCCUGUUGUGCUGCGGUAGCCAGCAAAAUAGUAUUUGUAAGACUCUUGCAGGGUCUCUUAGCAUUCUUGAAGUUCCAUUCAAAUUCUCCAAGCACUUGUAAAUACAGGGGUUACUAGCUGCUUUAGCUAGAUAACUCUGCUAAUGGUGAACUAAUAAUCACUCUUAAUUUUGGCUGAAUUUGAACAAGUAACCUGAAUUACUGAGCUGUGUUAAAUGCUGUUGGAUGAGCUCGUGUAGAGAUCUUGCUUUUCUGGAGGUGGGAAUUCCUUCAGAUCCUAUUAUCACGUAUCCCUGCACUUGUGAAUCCAGUAUGUGUUCUGAAGCAGGUCUCUUGGAAGGAAAAGGAACGUGUGCCAAGCAGAAUUAUUUUCUAGUAAAAUUCUAGAAAAAAUAGUUAUUUUCUCCCUCUUUGGAAAAAGCAUUUUUAGCCAAGUGUUUUUCAGUGCGGUCUUAAAUAUUGCGUGUUCUGAAAAUGAUCUUGAAAGUGGGCAAAAUUAAUUAUCUUUUAAUUGCUCUCAUGACAUGCUUUCUGCUGAAUCAAGAUUUCUUAACACUUUGAGCAAAACCUCACUGUUUAUUAUUAAAACUCACUUAGAUGCUUGAUAAUCUUUUCCUUAUUCAGUGAGUGCUGUAUGCUACCAGACCGCAGGAAAAAGCUUUAAUAUCAGUACCAAACUGCCUUCAUUUGAAGUUCUGUACCUACUGCAGAGCAAAGAAAGCUUGGAUGCAGUUAUAGCACCUAAGAUUUAGGCAGUUCCAUUCAAGAAAUUAUGGUAUUAAAUGAUAGGCCAAGGCAAAAGGGAUUGGGUGGUGGUGCUCUGUGUUUCUUCUCACAAGCCUGGUUUGUGUCUUUCUUCUUUAAGCUUUCAAGUUUCAUUCACGUAUGGGUAGCAUGCAUAUGCCACUCAUAUAAUCUGUAUGGGUAUCAGAAGGUUCUUUUUCCUAUUAACUUCUUGUCAUGUUCUUUCUCAAUUGUUGAAUCACUAAUUGGUUUAUGGCAGUGCAAAUAUCAUAGAAGUGAAACCAGGGUAAAGAAAGAGUGGUUUUUAUGUGGGCUGUAUGAAACUCCUUAGACAUGUUUAAUUCAGAUGUCUGUCAUGAGAAACACCUACGCACUACUUCAGGAGACAAAUGAUGUUCGCAAGCAUCUGGAUCCUCAAAAAGAAUCCUUCAGAAAACUGGGAAGGCAGAACUUGAGCACGUUAAGAAAUGGAAACAAGAAAAAUAAGAAUGUUUUUGUAUCGCUUCUGUUGGAUGCUGUACUGCGGUAAAGGAGGAAUGUGAGUUAAGCUUUAUCAUUCUUCUUGUUGCCUGUGAAGACAGUGCUAAAACGUGUAAGUUUUUUUAUCUUGUACUGUCUUUAGUAUAUGAUCUGCCUCUGUGGAGCAGUACAGACUGCAGAAGGUUUAUUCCGUGAUACUCUGAAGAGGCAGAAGCUCUGUAACUUCUCAGUAUAUCACCUUAGUUUCUAUAGCUUUACCAUACCGGUUACAGUACAUGCUAAUGCACAGCAUAAAGGCAGAAAUUUUAGUUCACCACAGAGCACAGAGUUCUUUCCCUGCUGAGUCAGGCCCUUCUAAAUGCAAAAAUUGUUUGUUUUUGGCAGAAUUUUCUGUUUUCCUUACCAAAUGUCACAGUUAUGUUCUCAGUGAAUUUAAUGCUUGAGUUGUUAAAUGAUAUUGCAGUAAGGAAGUUUUGGUUUUCUAUCCUCUUGCACCCAACUAUAUUAAAAAAAAAUACAUAACUACUAACAAAAUACAACUGGAUUCAGAAGGCUCAAGCUGAGAGACUAUGACAGCCUUAGGAAACCGAGACUUUAAAUGAGGUUAGGUGGAAGAUGGUACAAGAAAUCAUAAAGUUGCAUAUGAUGAGACCGGCCAUUUUUUUGUAUGUGGCUAGUGGAGAAUGGAUAAAAUCAUAGUAGUUAAAUGCGUACUUUGUGCUUCCAGCUGCUCGUGGAGCUUGGUGUCAGGGCUGUUGAACAGCCAGCACGUUGGUCCCUGCUCUAGCUGACUGUCUGGCAAGCGGAGCAGGCACCUUCAGCUCUCCAGAGUGCUGGUGGAGAGAAUGUGGGCAGGAGAUUGGGAGUGGCAGGCAGGGAAGGCAGAGAGGCAGUGAUGGGGGAGUGCGAGGGAAGCACACUUAGCAGCCAUGUCUGCACCUUAGGCUUUGAACCUCACCUGAGUUCCUGUCUGUUCAGACUUGAAGCAUCUAUGACAUUCCUUAAAGGACUGUUUGGAGCCCAGCAGAGUUUAUCAUUUGGGUUGUGUAAAGACUCCCUGAAGAAGUCGGGUAGCAUACCCUUACUAACUGUGAAGGCAGCGCUGCAUGUCAACGUUUUUCUGCCACUAGUGCUGCAUUGUGAGCUCUUUCACCAGCGGAUGUGUAACGGGUUUUUUUGUUUUGUUUUCUUAACAGGAUAGCUACUUUGGGUUGUGACACCCUUCAGCACUACAAGAAUUGCGGUUUAGCAGCAAUCGGUCACUGCCUUCACGUAUUCUGAAACUACCAGCCAGCCUUUCUGGAGUUUUGCAUUAGCGUGAGUCCUUGGUGAAGGUUGCAUAUAUAGAUGUUUUCAUGAAGAGAAGUGAGAAGCCAGAAGGAUAUAGACAAAUGAGGCCUAAGACUUUUCCUGCCAGUAACUAUACUGGCAGCAGCCAGCAGAUGCUACAGGAAAUACGAGAGAGCCUCAGGAAUUUACCAAAACCAUCAGAUGCUGCUAAAGCUGAUCUCAGCAUGGGGAAAAUGUCAUCUGAAGAUCCUCGACAAGGUCGAAAUCCCCCCAAAUUUGUAACGUAUCAUAAAGUUUUGCAGGAGAUAAGAAACUCGCUGCUACCUUUUGCAAAUGAAACAACUUCAGCUGUCAAAGGAACGUCAGAAGUUAAUCGACAAAUGCUGCAAGACUUACAAGCUGCUGGCUUUGAUGAGGAUAUGGUUGUACAAGCCCUUAGACAAACUAACAACCGUAGUAUAGAAGCAGCCAUUGAAUUUAUUAGUAAAAUGAGCUACCAGGAUCCUCGUCGGGAACAGAUGGUUGCAGCUGCAGCAAGACCAGUAAACGCAGGUAUGAAACCACCAGCAGGGACUGUUAACCGCAAGCAGAGCUGGAAGGGUUCUAAGGAAUCCUUGGUUCCUCAGAGACACGGCCCUUCCCUGGCAGAUGGAGUAGCUUAUCGCUCAGAAAGUCCCAGCUCGCAGCCUGAUGUAGGAAGGCCGCUGUCUGGAUCUGGCAUUGCAGCAUUUGCUCAGGCCCACCCUGGCAAUGGCCAAAGAGUGAACCCCCCGCCACUCCCCCAGAUCAGGAGCGUCACGCCGCCUCCUCCGCCUCCUCGAGGGCAGACGCCCCCUCCCAGAGGAACCACGCCACCGCCGCCUUCCUGGGAACCAAACGCCCAGACAAAGCGUUACUCUGGGAACAUGGAAUAUGUGAUCACUCGUAUUUCUCCGGUGCCACCGGGUGCGUGGCAGGAUGGUUAUCCACCUCCACCGAUGAAUCCGCCACCCAUGAAUUCUUCCAGUCAGGGUCAGAGAGGCAUGAGUGCUGUCCCCAUUGGAAGGCAACCGAUAAUCAUGCAGAGUUCUGCCAACAGCAAGUUUAGCUUUCCCUCAGGAAGGGCUGGAAUGCAAAAUGGUAAUUGUCAGGCAGAGUUCAUAGUUCACCAGAACGUUGUGUCUGGGAACUCAGUGAGUCGCCAGCCACCCCCAUACCCAAUGAACUCAACUAACAGGCAGAGUCCUACAGCACUACAGAUGCAGGCGGGGGGAUCUGCUCCUCCUUCAGCAUACUCCAAUGGGAAUCUUCCUCCGACAAUGCUGGUGCCAAAUAGAAAUAGUCACAACAUGGAACUUUAUAAUACGAAUGUAGCUGGAAUACCUGCAUCCUGGUCGCAGCCUCCACCUGUGCAGCCACAGUCAUCACCUGGAAAUGGGCAUGAAAUCCCCGCAUGGCAACCCAACCUUCCGGCACGGUCAAAUUCUUUCAACAGCCAUCAUGGAAAUAGACAGAGUCACGCUAGCAGCUCUCAGCCGUCAGCCACCACAGUAACAGCUAUAACACCAGCUCCCAUUCAGCAGCCGGUGAAAAGUAUGCGUGUGUUAAAGCCGGAGCUGCAGACUGCCUUAGCACCAACUCACCCUUCCUGGAUGCCGCAACCAGUACAAACCGUUCAGCCCAUUCCCUUCUCCGAGGGUCCAUCUACAAAUGUGGCUGUUAUGCCACCUGUGGCAGAGGCUCCGAAUUACCAGGGUCCGCCCCCACCUUACCCCAAACACUUGUUACACCAGAGUCCGUCUGUUCAUCCUUACGAGAUGGGACCCAAGCUCAGCAAAGAGGAACCACCCAUUUCAUCUAAGGAGGAAGAGAAUGAAAAGAAUUAUGAAUGUGUUGAUUCAGCGGACAAAGAAAAGAAACAAAUUACAACAUCGCCCGUUCCUGUUAGAAAAAACAAGAAAGAUGAAGAACGGCGAGAAUCUCGUAUUCAAAGCUAUUCCCCUCAGGCUUUUAAAUUCUUCAUGGAGCAGCAUGUGGAGAAUAUACUGAAGUCACAUCAGCAACGUUUACAUCGGAAGAAACAACUGGAGAAUGAAAUGAUGCGGGUUGGAUUGUCACCAGAAGCCCGAGAUCAAAUGAGGAAAAUGUUGUGCCAGAAAGAGUCUAAUUACAUUCGGCUAAGAAGAGCUAAAAUGGACAAGUCGAUGUUUGUAAAAAUUAAAACGCUGGGAGUCGGUGCGUUUGGCGAAGUUUGCCUAGCAAGAAAAGUGGAUACUAAAGCUUUAUAUGCAACAAAAACUCUGAGAAAAAAAGAUGUGUUGCUUAGAAAUCAAGUUGCUCACGUUAAAGCUGAGCGGGAUAUCCUUGCAGAAGCUGAUAACGAAUGGGUGGUUCGUCUGUACUAUUCAUUCCAAGAUAAGGACAAUUUGUACUUUGUAAUGGACUACAUUCCUGGAGGUGAUAUGAUGAGUCUCCUAAUUAGAAUGGGUGUCUUUCCAGAAAAUCUGGCACGGUUCUACACGGCCGAAUUGACCUGUGCAGUUGAAAGCGUUCAUAAAAUGGGCUUCAUCCACAGAGAUAUUAAACCUGAUAAUAUUUUGAUAGACCGUGAUGGUCAUAUUAAACUGACUGACUUCGGACUCUGUACAGGUUUUCGAUGGACCCAUGAUUCAAAAUACUACCAGAGUGGUGAUCAUGCACGUCAGGACAGCAUGGAUUUCAGCAACGAAUGGGGUGACCCAGCAAAUUGCAGAUGCGGAGACCGGCUGAAGCCACUCGAGCGUAGGGCUGCACGCCAGCACCAGCGCUGUCUGGCCCAUUCCCUUGUUGGCACACCUAAUUAUAUUGCACCAGAAGUAUUGCUACGAACAGGUUACACACAGUUGUGUGACUGGUGGAGUGUUGGAGUAAUUCUCUUUGAAAUGUUAGUGGGCCAGCCUCCUUUCCUGGCACAAACACCUCUGGAAACACAAAUGAAGGUUAUCAACUGGCAAACUUCCCUUCAUAUUCCACCUCAAGCCAAGCUGACUCCGGAGGCCUCCGACCUUAUUAUUAAACUAUGUCGAGGGCCAGAAGAUCGUUUAGGCAAAAAUGGCGCAGAUGAAAUAAAAGCUCAUCCGUUCUUUAAAACUAUUGAUUUUUCAAGUGAUCUACGGAGGCAGUCUGCUUUCUACAUUCCCAAAAUCGCUCAUCCUACGGACACAUCGAACUUUGAUCCAGUCGAUCCAGAUAAAUUGUGGAGCGAUGAUGAUAAGGAAGGAAAUGUAAAUGAUACACUUAACGGAUGGUACAAAAAUGGAAAACAUCCUGAACAUGCCUUUUAUGAGUUCACAUUCCGAAGGUUUUUUGAUGACAAUGGCUACCCAUACAACAAUCCAAAGCCCAUUGAAUAUGAUUAUAAUAGUUCCCAAAACUCAGAACAGCAGUCUGAUGAUGAUGAAGAACAAGCAGGUAGAGGGGUUCAAAAUCGUGACCUAGUUUAUGUUUAGUAGAGGAGUAAACACUAAAUAAACAGUUUAUUUUGCAGCUGACAUUUUUUAAGUGUUUUCUCUGAACAGAAUUGAGAAAAGAUUUGCUAGGGUGAAUAUACGCACGUUCUUUAUUAUUAUUUUAAACACUAAGUUGUCUUCGCUUUCCAUCUCUGUACAUUUUGUUUCCCCAAAAUCCAGGGAAUUCCUUCUCAAAAAUUAAUUUAUUCCAACAUUGUUAAUUGUUUUAUUUAGAAGAGAUUCAGUGUUAGGUGAAAAAAUUAUCACUUGAAUUUUAUCAUUGAUCUCUGUACUCUAAGUACUUAAAAUAGGAAAUAGUGAUUUAUUUUUUUCCACCCUGAGAUGAUGCCUGAUAUCUAUUUGUACAUAUACUAAAUAAUUUUUUUUUAAAAACCAAGUCUUUGUUUCAGAAUUUUUUAAUGACAGUUCUUCCUUUGCAUUGACCAAAUAUAAAACAAACUUUACACUAAUAAAGCUAUUUGAUAAGUUUGGCAGCCUCUUCCUCCCCUGCCCCAUACCCUUACUGCUCACUGUAUUUAGCAUAUUUAUUCAGUGUUGGGGAAAACUGAGCCAUCUAUCUGGGUGAAACGUUUCCAGCUGCUGUGGUAAUGGCAUAGUUCUCAGCUUUUGAACAGGAAGGAGUCUUGGCUAUACUCACAUUGUAAUAUGAUAAAGCAUUAGAACUGGUCUUUUAUUAAAUAUCUAAUUGAAUUUGUCAUUAGUAAUGCUGUAGUAUGUGAGUGGUACUCUGAGAGCGGGAGUCCUCACUCAGAAACAACUUCAUUGUCUCCUGUCGUCAGUUCUCUCACGGUUUUGAGAGAAAACAAGCUUUAGGAAAAAUACUUUUUGAAAUCGAGUUCAAUUUUCUGACUACAACUGAACUGUAAAGUAAGUUUAAAAAAAAUAUGGCUUUAGUUGGAAUUUCUAGUUUGAAAACUAAAUUUUAGAAUAGUUUCUUUAUUAUAUGUUUGAAAUAGUAAUGAGAAAAGAGCAUAAAUCAUGGUUUUUGAGACUUGUUGUAGAGACUGGUUUCACUUACUUUUAACAAGUUUCCUCCCAGUGACACUGGCAGUAAGAAAUAUCACGCAGCUGGCUACCUGAGCUGUUAGUUUUCCUUGGUACGUUUUCAGUGGUUCGUCUUUCCCAGCCCAGUUCAAAACAGAACUAGUAACCUAUGUCUGUCUGCUGCAUGUUCCGCAUUCCUGUUUAAUGACUUCCCACAGCAGGUGAACAGGUGUCCCUUUGGCCUCAUGGUGGGAGGGCAGUGAGCCUGCUGAGGAGCAGGAAGCAAGGCAACCCUGUGGAAAAAAUUUUCCAAGACAACACCAGGAGUUUCAGGUGAGAGGCAGAAAGAGUUACGCUUUUAUUUCCAUCUUGCUCUAUUCUCUGAAUUUAACACAGCGGUAAAUAAAAUGCACUAUUUUUAGUAAACUUCAUUCCUUUUUAAAUACAUCCUUCUUGGAAUUGAAUUUCAAUGGAUAAUUUGUAAUAAUGUACCUGUAUAGCAUUAGUGCUUUCUUAAGUUAUUAUUUUGUGCCACUGCAUUGUCAUUAUGACUAUUCUUGCAGCAAACUUCAGUUACUAAGUCAGUUUUCUCACUAAGCUGGUCUAAGAAAUUCUUGUGUACUUUCAGCCAUUCGUUGCCUUUCUGUGCUCCAAUUCAGUACCUGUUUUUAUGCCAGUGCAACCAUUUACAGUGUAGUGCUAAUUACUGGCUCAGUGAAAAAAAUGGUGUUUAGCAUCUGGAGGGUUGUUGUAGUGCAUAUUCUUUGAAGUGAUCCAGUUUCCAGUGUGGUCCAAAAAAUGGCUUAUAUUGGCAUAACUGAGGGAGGAGUGAAUUGCACUGAGUAAAAAGUGAUGGCAGCAUGGAAACUUCUCAAGCAGACUUUGUCACAAGAUAAAAUGUUUUUGAAAUUCCACCCUCUCCUUAGAAGGUGGAUUAGGAGUAGAAGAUGCUUUAAAAAAAAAAACACAACAACAAAACGUUGCUUUUCAUAACCAAGUAGUUAUUUUCUACAGUGAAAAUGGGCUGUAGCUUAAUAAAACAAUUUGUGUUCUGUCCAGCUGUUCUACAGCUGUUGAAACAGAACAGCUUUUAAGAGUAAUUUCAUUUAGUUUGAACACUAUAAAAUGGCUGCAAUGCCUAGCUAUUCCAUUUUAUGUAAAAAAGAUGGUUUUCAAUGUAAAUAAACUUAAAAAUUAUCCUCCUUUGUAGUAAGUAUGCCAGUAAAACUGGUCUACUUUGCUUGGAGUAAAGUAUAAUAUAUUGCUGGUUAAAGGUAAUUUAAUGAAACCUACCUUACCAUUUGUGAAGUUUGCAGAGAAAAUAAUGUCAGUUCUUCAUUAUUAAAUUGACUGUUAAAAUUGUGGGUUUUUUUUUAUCUGAGUAUAUUUCUCCUUUGCUUGCUUUAUAUUAUGUUAUUAUAUUCCUAUUUAAUAUUGUAACUGGUCUUUAGCUAGUGUGUUUAAAAAAAAAAAAAGUCACCAAUAACGAAAACCCAAAAGGGUCCUGCAAAGGCACCACAGUUGUGUAUGAGUUAAAAAUGAUGGCUUUUAUUUAAAGAAAUUGAGUGUGCUAAGGACGUGCAAAUACUGAAAUAUUUAAUAUUAUUUUACCAUUUUGAAACAAAUUUAGUAAGAGCUCACAUUUUUAGACUUUGGUAGAUGCUUCUAGCAUUUUCUGUUACCUUGUGUUAGAAGUUGUAAUAUUCCUUGUUUGAAUUUUGCCAUCCGUAUGCUAAAGUAUCAUAUAUUUCUUUGCAAAAAUGCAGUGUGUAUCAGUCCACGUUCUCUAAGAAGAAAAAAUUACUUGCAUAAUGAUGGUGCAACUCUCCAACAUCCUAUGCCUUACCCAUGUUUGAAACUUCCCGUUUCACACGUUUUGAGUCUAUUGAGAUUCUUCGUAGCUGCUGCUUAAAACAUGGGUAUUUCACUGGCUACUCAUCAUGGGGAUUGGUUUGUACUGGCAGUAAAGAAAAGGCUCCUAACCGGCAGCUGCGGAAUUAUGCAGUGAGUUUUAGUUCAGAUUAUUUUCACUCUGUAAAGCAUGAAAAUAAACUGCUCAUGUGUGUCCUUGUAUACAUAUAAAUUGUAUUUAUAAAAUAUUCUAUAAUCAUAUACUGUAUUGUAAAUACUAUUUGAUAUUCAGUGGCAUUCUAUCCUAGGGCAGGCCCUCUUGCUGUAUCUUUUCUAUCCUCAGUUUGUAGUAGACUCUAUAGAAUAUAUGGCUAGGAGGUCAGUGAGGCUGACUUGCCUUCUGCUAUUGCAAAGCUCAAAGCUGUGAGUGGGAAUGAUUUAGACUCAUUUAAUAUUGUUUAGCUAAUAGGCAGUGCAGUGGGUGGGUUCCUUAGAUGUUGCUGCUGUCACUCAAGAUACCAUUAGGCAUUGGUUUCAGUUGUCUUUGGCAUUUCAGAUCAGACCUUUUAAUGUUUGCUUUAGUUCAGACGAAGCAAAAAUAUAUUAAACUGGGUCAAUGUCACAGUAAAAUGUUUGAAUGCCUUAAGAUGCUCUUGAUAAAGGCACUAUUCAAGUUUACUGAUCUAUAUAUAUCUAUAUAGGCACAUAUAUAGAUAUAUUCUAUGUGUAUAUGUAUAUAUAUAAUGUUUUUUUGUAUUAUAAACAUUCUUCUGAUUGUCACAGUUCCUUUGGAUCUUCAAUUAAAUACAUACACCACUGCACAA